AUGCCGAUAAAGAUAUUCUAUAAAUGCUUAGUGCUAGCGUAAAUACAUUUAACACUACAAAAAAUAUACAAGAAUUUGAGAAAAAGUUGGCUUAGAACGGUUAACCAUGUUAGUAAUAAGCCUCUGUUAAUGCGCAGUAAUAAAUAAAUAUUAAUCAAUAAAGUUCAAAAAAAUCAACAAAUUUAUAGAAUAAUAAUAAUAAUAAUAACAAUAACAAUAAUAGCAGUCAUUUAUAACCUAAAUGCACAUAUGAAAGUUUGCAAUGCAUUCUUCAAAACAUUAAAAUAGAAGAUUAGUAGGAAAACUUUUAAGAUUCAAGUUAAGAUUUAUCAAAAGAGGAGAAUAGAUUGA